AUGUUUAGGCAUAGUUUAGCGCACUAUUGGGUAAAGCACAUCAAGGGAAAAUUAUAAUUGCCAGGAGUUGUAGAGAUAGAUGAAACAAUGGCAUCAGCAAAGAAAUAUUCAGUAGGAAUAAAAUUUCCUACUCAGAGAUGGGUAUUUGGAAUGUUUUGUAGAGAUACUAAAAUACCAAUAAUGUAUUUUAUUAAGAAUAGAAAUCAUUGGAAUAUUUAUCCUCUCCUUAAGAAGCAUAUAUAGCCCGGAGGAGUCGUAGUAAGUGAUGAGCAUGCUACUUAUGUUUGCUUAUAAAGUGCAAAAUCUAGAUUAGCUUCAUUUGGGUGGUAUCAUUUUUGGGUAGUCCAUUCUAGUAGAUAUUCACAUGAAAAAUUUCCAUUCCUCUAUACUUCAAAUGUUGAGUAAGUGUGGUCAAAAUUGAAAUUAUAAAAUGUUGGGUUAAAACAAAUGAAUACUCAAAGUAAAAUUGAAAGAUAUGUAGAUGCAUUUUGCCUUCGCUAUAUUGUAAAGCAUGAGAGUCUAUAUCCAUUUGUUUUAAGAUGUCUAAAAGAAUAUUACCAAGAUUAAGUGUAAAUUUUCAAAAACAUUACAUACCAUGAAGAAGAUUACUAUCCGUAUAUUAUAGAUAUUGAGCAUUGCAUCACUCAUGUGCUUUAAAGAGAGGGUUCUGCUAAAGUAAUUAAAGAUUUUGAAUUAAAUAACUCGACAGAGCGUCGGAAGUAUGCAUUUUUUAAAAAUAUUGACUUUGAGGAAUUACCAUCCCAUUUUGGUAUAGAGGAUUCAGAGAUAGAUCCAUCAAUGCUAAGGUUUCUAGAUUUAGAAAAAAGGAAUACUGAUGUAGGAAAAGAUUUGAAAAGCUACAUAAUACCAAUUGGAUAUGAUUUACUUUAGUAAUAUGAAAGAGAUCCAGAAGAAGAAAGGAAAAAGGAAAAAAAGAGUAACUUUUUUAAAAAACAUUUCAUAGAUAUAAGUACAGCAUAAACUAUGGAGGAUUUAGAUUACUCUAGAUAAGUGGAAUAAAAUGCAUCGAAAAAUGCUGUGUGUAUAGAUUAUAAUAAGAUCAGAAGACCAGGAUUUACAAUUAAAAGAUGGCUUUAGCAAUGUUGA